AAUAUGCACCAAUGGCUUGUAUCAUCAAAGAUAUGAUCCAAUCCCCGUUGAUUGGAGGUGGUUUGGGAGCCUCAACCGUGUCAAGUGAAUGUCCAAAGGACUUUCGAUAUCUCUCCAAUGGAUGUUAUUUCCCAUCAACAGAAAUAAUGCCACAAGUCCCUUUUCCGGAUGCGAAUCAAGCUUGUUUGGAACAAGAUCAGAUGUUGUUCCACUUCACUAAUCAAGAUCAAGCAUUGGUUCUCAAUGAAUUUUUCGCUACUUUGUUUCCGAAUACGUCCAAUGUCAAUAUCUGGUUGGGCAUUGUCCGAGGUGCUGGUUCCAAAUGGGUGUCAAAAAGGACCAUGGCUAAUGUUCCCUACCAUCAAUCAUAUUGGGCAUCAAAUGAACCCUCAGCAACAGGUGGAGAUUGUGCUGUGGCCGAUCAAGCACUCAAUUUCCAAUGGCGAUCCACACCCUGUUCAGAGAGUCACUCGCAUUUAUGUGGACCAAGUCAGCCUCCUUGUCCCGAGGGAUAUGAGUGGGUCAAGAAAUAUGGUCGAUCCUGUUUUAAACUGGUUGAAAGAGACUUUGAAAAUGCUCAAGGAUAUCGGUUUGGAAAUGUGCAGAUCCUUGAGGACCAAUGUCGGCAAGAUGGAACACGAUUGGCCAAAGCUGUCAAUGCGAGACAAUCUCAAGCUUUGGUUGACUGGUUGAACACCAGAGAACCUUGGUUAAGUGAAAACACGAAUGCUCAAAUCUAUCUGGGCAUGAAAUGGAGGGGCUAUAACGACACUAUGCUUUCCAAGGAAUUCAAUCAAGCUCGCUUCUUGCGGCAUUUUAAGGCGUUUACUAAUGACACUGGGUUACCUGGAAGCUGUUUCAUUCUCACGUCCAAUACAACAGAUGGAACACUGAUCCAUGAAAGAUGCAAUUACAAAAAUACCAGGAUACAAGUUUUGGGAUUGUGCCAAUAUGAGGAAUGCAUCACCGAGGACAAUCAACUCUGCGUCUUCCCUUUCAAAUAUCAAGGCCGGCAAUAUGACACUUGUGUGACCUUGGGACCCAAACAAAGUCCAUGGUGUAGUACGCAAGUGGACGUCAACGGAGUUCACAUACCUGGGAGUUGGGGCAACUGUUCCACUUCUUGUUCCGUCAAUAAUUGUCCAAUCGGUUUCAUGAGAGGCUUCCCCGAUUACGCUUGUUACAAAGUGAGCAGUCCAUUGGUGAUGAAAAAUCAUUUUGAAAGUCUUCCUUGAUAUCGUGGUCUUUAGACUUCAGGCCACUUGCUGGAGGAUUCGGUUCAGGGCUUGGAUGAAGCUCAAAACCAAUGCUCUUCACUUGGUGCCCGAUUAUGGGAAAUGCGUACAUUGGGGAUCCAAACUCAAAUCAGUUGGGUGGACAAGCAUUUGCUUCGGGAUCACUUUGUGUUCAAGGAAAAUGGUUUGCAGGAUUACACUCUCACCGGACUAAUCUUGCAACCAUUGGAUGGAAAAUUGUACCCUCAUCACGCGUCUGAUGGGACUCCAAUGGAUCCAUUUAUAUUCGAUCAGGCUAGACUUCUUGAAAGCGAUUCCGAUCCGAGUAAAAGAUGCUUAGCCUAUAAAGGACAAUAUUUAUUACCCAUCCCUUGCUCAGGAUAUCAUGAUGGUAUGAAUAGAAACCAGUUUAUCAGAAUUGUUUCAGUUCUUAUGCUUAUGGCCAUAUGAAACCAGCAAAAUGAGAA